CGCGACUGGAGCUGUUGGGAGGCGGAGGCAGCGGUGCCCUGUGCGCCUCGGGGUGGGCAGCCCGGCUGGGACCCUUCUCGUCACCCCUCCCAGCGACCGCGCCGGGCUCCCCCCGUCCCAUCCCCGCCGUGCCAAGAUGCUGUUUUGGCACACGCAGCCGGAGCACUACAACCAGCACUCGACAGGCAGCUACCUGCGAGAUGUCCUUGCGCUGCCGAUCUUCAAGCAGGAGGAACCACAGCUGUCUCCCGAGAAUGAAGCCAAGCUGCCUCCGUUUCAGUACGUCCUCUGCACAGCCACAUCCCCUGCUGUGAAGCUGCAUGAAGAAACCCUGACUUACCUCAACCAAGGUCAGUCUUAUGAAAUCCGUCUACUUGAGAAUAGGAAAUUGGGAGAGUUUCAAGAUUUAAACACAAAAUAUGUAAAGAGUAUAAUCCGUGUAGUUUUCCAUGACCGACGCCUGCAAUAUACAGAGCAUCAGCAACUGGAGGGCUGGAGGUGGAGUCGGCCUGGGGACCGCAUCCUUGAUAUAGAUAUUCCACUGUCAGUUGGAAUCUUGGAUCCCAGGGCCAGCCCCACGCAGUUGAACACGGUUGAAUUUCUGUGGGACCCAUCAAAAAGAGCCUCAGCAUUCAUUCAGGUGCAUUGCAUCAGCACAGAAUUUACUCCACGGAAACAUGGAGGCGAGAAAGGGGUGCCUUUCCGGGUGCAAAUCGACACCUUUAAGCAGAAUGAAAAUGGUGAAUAUACAGAACACUUGCAUUCUGCCAGCUGCCAGAUCAAGGUGUUCAAGCCUAAAGGAGCAGACAGAAAACAGAAGACUGACAGGGAAAAAAUGGAGAAGAAGACCACCCAAGAGAAGGAGAAGUAUCAGCCUUCCUAUGAGACCACCAUUCUCACAGAGUGCUCUCCCUGGCCAGAUCUGCCUUAUCAAAUGAACAGCGCUCCAUCUCCAAGCUACAACAGUUCUCCAAACAGUUUCAACCUUGGAGAUGGCAACAGUUCUCCAACCCACCAAGUGGAGCUCCUGCCUCCCAGCAAUGAUCAUCUCCUUCCUUCUGCUUCUAUUCAAGAUGCCCAGCAGUGGCUUCAUCGUAAUAGGUUCUCUCCAUUCUGUAGACUCUUCUCAAGUUUUUCGGGUGCUGACUUACUGAAGAUGUCCAAAGAAGAUUUUGUUCAGAUCUGUGGGCCUGCAGAUGGAAUUCGGCUGUUCAAUGCAAUCAAAGGAAGAAAUGUAAGACCCAAGAUGACAAUUUAUGUCUGUCAAGAACCAGAGCAAAACAGAUCCCAUCUCCACCAAAAACGAGAGAAUGGAGAUGGCAGUCUGUGUGUAUAUCAUGCAAUCUUCCUGGAAGAGUUGACCACCUUGGAAUUAAUGGAGAAGAUUGCAAAUUUGUACAGCAUUUCUCCACAGCAGAUAAAUCGAAUCUAUCGUCAGGGACCCACAGGGAUCCAUGUAUUAGUGAGCAACGAGAUGGUGCAAAACUUCCAGGAUGAAUCUUGUUUUGUUAUCAGCACAUUAAAAGCUGAAAGCAAUGAUGGCUACCACAUCAUUUUAAAAUGACCCUGCUGCACAGAAAGACUUUGACAGCCUAAAAUUUAGUGCCUCACUGAGAUUGCUACAACCUAGACUGGAAACAUGAAGAACCUUCUGGAUAAAAUGCUCCUAUGAACUUAAGAAUUACCAAACAGCUUAAGGAAAAACUUGCUUUUGCAGAUAUUCUUUUUUCUUUUUUUCUUUUUCUUUGUUUUGAAUCUGAAGUUGAGAACACUCUCAAUGCUUGUCCAUGUUUCUUCCCCCCUCCAUUCCUCUACAGUCUUAAAAACUGAGGUUUCUGCAUAUUGCUUAGAAACAUCUGCCGUGUACUAAAGGGAAAGAUAAAAAAACAAAAAAACAAAAAAACAAAAAAAACCCAAGACAAUUCUCUAGACCCCUCAUGGUUGGGUGAAUUGAUUUAUUUACAGUUCUGAAUGUGGCUUGUUAUUAUUAUUUUGGCUUUCACCACACACCCCAUUGCUGAUGGACACGGGCUCCCUGGGGAUCCUCUUUUACUCUUUGAGGUGGAAGGCUUGGGGCUUAACCUGCAUCAGACAGCAAUACAGAGAAUAGAACUGAUGCCCAGUCCCUGCUCAGAGCAUCAGUCCUGGAAGCUUGCAAUUAGCUGCUUUCCACCUGUAGAUACGUUUAAAGUCCAUAGACCUUGGUCUGACCUGACAGCUUCUGUAACAUCCAUCCAACAGUACGGUUCUGCAGGGUUCAAGGGGGAACGUACAACCUGAGGCAAGCAGUUCAGUACUGUAUUAUAUCUUGAGCUUUAAAAUAGUCUCCUUGAAUUGAGUGUAUGAGGAUUUUCCAAGGAAAUGUUUUGCUUAUUGAAAGCUACAGAGCUGUUGACGAAUUAAUACCGUGGGUUUAUUCCACACUACAAAGCGUUAAUUGUCUGCUGUCUUUAACAGUAACUGGGAAUUAGAUUUUUUUAUCAUAGUGAGUAGUUAGGAGAUGAAAAUUAGUACAGUAUGUAAAACCAUGUUUAGAUUGAACCUGGGUAAUGGAUCAUCUUAGUUGCUGCUUCUUGUAUUCUUGUUUUUUCACUCUUGACUCCUGUUUCAGAUAUUGACAACUAUGGUCAACCCCACCCUCUCUUGGUCUUUCGGGAAGCCAUCCAGACUCCAUGUAGCUAACUAAGAGUGGCUUCCACUGAUGUCCAAAGGCAAACUGGAUCACACCCUUCUAGCAUGGGGGGAGGCUUCUGGUUUUUUGGGUCUCCCAAGCCAAAUGGCCAUCCAUUCUUCUGGAGUCUUUCAUUUCACCUGGGUUGAAAGCUGAAAUACCAAAAUUUUUCCUGGAAUGGAAUAUAUAUAUAUUUUUUUUUUUAAUGAGAAAUAAUCAGUUGGAAAACGCCAAAUAAAAUGUUCUAGCGUUUUGAAAUGGAAAUAUUUAAUUAAAUCCGUUUGACCCUUAAUGCAGCAUCAGUUUCAGCUACUGUUGCAGACCUCAGAAAUUGCCAUUCGAGUGCCUUGAGCGCCAUGUCUCCCUUGGGGCUGAGCUCUUUGGCUGGAUGUCAGAUCCCAUGAUGUGCUUACUGCGGGUUCAUCAAAGGGAGAAUGCGUCACGAAGGCUGGAGGGGUGCCCGGGAGCUCAGCCUUCUGGGAAAGAAGGGGACGUGCAGCCUGUGAAUUACAGCUCCCAGCUGACACUGGAAGAAUUCGGACAGACACGGACGGUUAUUUUUUUUUCUGACAGAAAUGAUGCGUUUCAAAUUUUCCCUACAGAAAUAAAGAGCAAAAUACUGAGAAAAGCAACAGUUUUUUUCAUUAAAAACAUCAAGCUUUGUGCAAAAACAACCACCCAUCCCCACCAGUUUCUUUACACCAAAAAUAAUACUAGAAUAGAAAACUAUGUUACAAUGGGAAAAGCUUCAGCCAACUUCUCUAAUUGCAUACUUAGGCACAAUCUUGCACAACUGGCUGUCCUGGUGCUCCGUGAAUUGUAGCAUUUAUCUAAAGUGACUCUCAGGCUCUGCGACAUGGCAAUUCCACCUCUUGAAGUAACUGAAGGAACAUGAAGCUGCUUUGUUAAGGACCAGGUGGUGUAGGUGAGAGAGUUGCAAGUGACCUCAUGGUGGCCAAACAGUGGCUGGGGGAGUCUUCGGGGGAAGAAAUUCCCUUUUGGAAGCUGGAAAACAUCAUCUUUCUGAGAGAAAGCUGUGGCCGCGUGAAAUGUAACCCUUGCACUGAAGUGAAACUGCAGCUGAAGGGGAAGCCCAUGUGUGACCAAAACUUUUAGUUCUGGUAAAACACUGGAACAAGCUUCUUAGAGAGGUGGUUGUUUCCCUGUGUCUACGAGUGGACAUUUGGACAAUGCCCUCAAUAACACACUUUAGCUUUUGACUAGCCCGCAGUGGGCAGGCAGUUGGACUAGGUGAUAUUACAAGGUCCUUUCCAAGUGAACUAUUCUAUUACUUUCUGUCUUCUUGCCCAGGCUGGGCAGUUCUUUCUGGUCUUUGUGUCAUGUGAGCAUGUAGGAGCUUUGUCCUAAGGUGAGCUUCAGUGGAAGGCAAACCCCAUACCUGCAGCUGCCCUGGACUGAAUGAUGAUGUAGAUGUUCCUUUUUCUGUCUGCAAGGCAUAUGUUACACCUGGUGCUGCAGCCUGCUCUGCAUGCCACUAUGUACAUACCACUGUGUAUCAGGGCUGUUACCUCGUUUCUCUUAUGGAAGAUGCUUCAGAAGAUUGGCUGUGUUUUUUCAUGCUCUCAUGCAGUAUUGGUCCAGUACUGUAUAUCUGGCCUAGCUGCUUGUGUAUACAACUCAAGAGAGGUGAAUCUGACCUGAUGAAGGCAAUUUAAAAGGCUCAUUGGGGUUGGUAGGAAGAGUGUAGCUGAUUCACCUACACACGAUCUAGUAAAGGCGUAUGUUUGGUGGCCCUGCUAGGCAGGGGGGUUGGAACUACAUGAUCCUUGAGGUCCCUUCCAACCCGGGUCAUUCUGUGAUUCUGUGUAUUAAAAUGUCCUUGAAGCCUGUGAUUCUGUGAAAUUCUGGGCACACAGCAAUACUGAAACACAGCAGCGCAAAGGAAGGACAGAGGCAGCCUCAAGGUUAUGAACUAAGGCCUGUUCGCUUAUUUUUGAAGAAUAUAACUUGUUCUUAGUUAUUUUAGAGGCAAAUCUUGCUAUAAGGAAGGAAUAUAUGUGGAAGUCCUGAUGCUAUUUCAGUAGCAUUGCGUGAUUAAUUCUGAACAUGAAUAACUCUGUUAAGGCUUUGUUAUGUUUAGAUUCUUUAAAUCAAAUAAUUUUAUAUUGAUAUAAGGACGAAUUUGACAAUAUAUCUUGUUCUCCUUUCCAUGCUGUAAGAAGGUAUUCCGGAGUAAACAAUUAUAUAGAGUAGGGAUACUGUCUUACUAGGUGGGCUCUACUGUUUUUAUCUAUUCUAGCUUGUUUGUUAAGCUGUGUAACUAAUGUGUACGUAAGGCUUAUGCUUUCUUGACAGAGUUGAACCUAGUCCUUACUGAACCUUUGUCCCAGCAGAAACUUGGAGGCUUGUGUUCCAGCAGCAUACACACCUAUAAAGAUCUAGAUACCAGCUAGCUCGGAGUUUAGAAGAAUGACAAGUUAUUUCUGCUUGUUCCAUCUCUGGGUGUUGGGAAAACCUUCUAUUCAAGAAUAAAAGAAGCACAAAUAAUUAAUCUGGGCUAGAUGUCUAAAUUCAACAUACAUAGGCUAAAGGCAUGGGAUAUAAGUAGCUUUCCCCAUGUAAACAUCCUAGAGGGGUUUUGCAUUUGCUCUGUCCUUAAGUGCCUGUUACAUUUUAUAUCUUUUUUUCAGUCCCUAAUUCUUUUUUCAAUAGUAGGGAUUGAAACCUCCUGCUCAAAGUAAUUUAAAUAAGACUCUUUGUUUUUUAGCUCUGCAGACCCUUAUCAGCUCUGGGUGGUACAAGUAUUAACAAGUAGUGUGAUGCCCCAGCCUGUCCACUUCUCAGUGGGCUCUCAUUGAACAUAAGCCUAUGAGUUAAAGUGGGCCUGCUGGGGAUGAAAGGAUAGAAGAAUAGGUUGAAUUGAAUACAAUAUAAAAAAUAACUCAAUUUAGAAGAUACUGAAGUUCCCAUCAUCUUGGUGUGAAAUGAACUGAACUUUCAGGAUUUGCAGGUGGUAAAAUGUUUCUUGCAGUUGACAAGUUCUGAAAGGCACUCUCCUUACAAUGUAACAUAUACAUAUUUAUGCAUAUAGACAUAUACACAUACAUGCCGUAUUGUUUCAACGCAUAUAUGUACUGAGUACUUGUGUCCUUUAAGUGGUACUCUACUUUGUUUAACUGCAGUUCAAUGUAAAGAGCUCUUGUCGGUCAAGCUUCAAAGUCCAGUCAGUCUUUGGGUAGAAAAAGUCUACAGCUGGAGCUGUGGGUGAUUUGGGCAUGGUACACUUGGAGUGAUGUAAAUUUGAUGAAUUUCUGCAAUAUAAAUCCCAAGCCUUGGUGAAGAUGAGUACGUUCUUGAGCUAACACUGCAGCUUUACAUUACAGCUUCUGAAAAUUAGUUAAGGAUAAUUUGGCGGCCCAAUGCUUUUAAGUUAGUAAGAGUUACUCCCUAAGCAGAACAGCUGUACUGUGACUUUCCUACCUUGAUGUCAUAUUGUUUAAGCAUUGGCUGUAAUUCUAGCAACUGCCAGGUGGAUGACUGGGACAGUUCUUUUUGUCUCUGUUCUCAUUUUUCGACUGUUCUCAGAAAAAAUGGUUGUAUUCAGGCUGUGUCUUGCCUUUCUCCUUCUUUUACAAAAUGGUUUUACCCUAUGCUAGUAGUGCACAUAUUUUCUUAAGAUUAUAAUCUGCUUGACAGCACAGGGUACUGCUCCAAGUGGGAAUGUGCAUUUGGUGUCAGUCAUUGCUCCCGUGGGUGAAUAUCAGAAGGCAGAGUGGAGGUGCAUUUCAGUAUCUUUGCCUCUGUUUCAAAAUAGGUUAAACUGGUACCUAAUUUUUUUGUGCAUUUCUGAUUUGUGCUGUUUAUUUUCUCUCUCUCUCUCUCUUUUUUUUUUUUUUUUUUCCUUGCCAUCCUUUGAAAUACUUCUGCUCUUUGUGGGGAGAGCAGGUAAGCAGUCGGUGUGCCUAUGUUUUUCCCUUAGUAGCCUGCUGUUCUUGCAUUUUGCUUGGGGCAAGUGUUUGUCUUUCAAAGGGCUAUGGAAGUUACUUCUUUUCACUGACAAUGCAGCCAUUGGAGAAGGGCAAUGCUGACCCCAAAGUUGGCAUUAUGGGUGAGGGCGAAUAGAGGAGGGUGGGUUGGAGGCUGAGGCGUACCAGUUGUGAGUAAAUACUGCCACACUUUUUGUCUUUUAGUUUGUUUGGUUUUUUUUUUUGUACAUGAAUUUAAAAAAAAAAAAAAAAAGAAAAGAAAAAAGAAAAAGCGUAUUUUGCACUGGCUAUUGUACUGUUGUGCAGAAGAAAUCUGUAUCUAGAAUCUGUGCUCCAGUCAAAAUGCAAAUAAACCUGUUUGUAAGAA